GGCCUCAACCUGCGCCGGGAUCGCCCGCAGUCCACCGAACCCGAGGCCCAAACAGCCACCGCCGAAGCCCGCGGAGCUACCGGUGCCGCGGCGGGAGGCCAUGCCGUGCCGGAGGGAGGAGGAAGAGGAAGCCGGCGAGGAAGCGGAGGGGGAGGAAGAGGAGGAAGAGGGCAGCUUCCUCCUGCUGGAGCAGUCGGUGACGCUGGGCGGCUCGGGCGAGGUGGACCGGCUGGUGGCCCAGAUCGGCGAGACGCUGCAGCUGGACGCGGCCCAGGACAGCCCGGCCUCCCCGUGCGCGCCCGCCGGGCCGCCGCCGCCGCCGCAGCCCCCACGGCCCCCAGCGGACAAGGCCCGGGCCCCCGGCGUUGCGCUGCCGCUACCGUUGCCGCCGGUGUCGGCGGAGACUGUGGGCCCGGCGCCCCCGGGGGCUGUGCGCUGCGCCCUCGGGGACCGCGGCCGCGUGCGUGGCCGGGCUGCGCCCUACUGCGUGGCCGAGCUCUCCGCGGGCUCCAGCGCGCUGUCCCCGCUGCCCCCUCAGCCCGGCCUUGAUGGACCUUCUGGGUCAGGCAAGCAGGGGAUUCCGCAACCACUGGCCGGCCCGUGCCGGCGAGGAUGGCUCAGAGGCACCGCCACCUCCCGCCGCUUGCAGCAGCGACGCGGUUCUCAACCCGAAACCCGCACGGGAGACGAUGACGACCCGCACCGGCUCCUUCAGCAGCUAGUGCUCUCGGGAAACCUCAUCAAGGAGGCGGUGCGGAGGCUCCAUUCACGGAGACUGCAAUUCCAUGCCAAGCUUCCCCAGUGCCCACUCCCGGGGCCUCUGUCCGCCCCAGCGCAUGAGCCCCCUUCGCCGAGAAGCCCUCGGGCAGCCUGCAGUGACCCUGGCGCACGGAAGGGGAGGGUGCAGCUCAGAACUGAAGACAGCAUUCUGGUCCCUGGCAGCUAACAGCCAGCGUGGCCACAGUGCCAGCCUCGGACGGGAGGGUAGGGGGCUCCCCCGUGGGCUCUCCCCUGCCCAGUCUGGUAGAGAACUCUCUCCUUUGGAAGCAGAAGAAAUAAGCUCAUGCAAACUGAGAACCAGAAAAUCCCGAGUGUUUUCGUGAGGGCCUGAGAGCCAAGGCCCAGAGCUGCUUGGAACUCCCAACUGGAAGGCAGAUGCUAGAGGGUGCACUCCCUGCUCUCAGUCCGCAAGACUCCUAAUUGGCCGGCAACCGACUAGGUGGCGUACUCCAGCCCGCUACCAAAUGGUCUGGGCCCCAGCUUCCCCGGCUGGCAGGGCACGGAACCACUGCGGAAGCCCCCAGUUGCUUGCUUUACCGUUCCAGGGCUGGUUCCUGACCCAUGCUGGGGGAGGCAGCAAGACUAGGCAAUUUCAGGGAGAACCCCAACCCGCCGGACAUGAAACUUGAAUGACCCUGAACAGAGCCAUGCCAUGUCUUUGGGGGGUGCUGUUUCUAAACGGACAUCACGCGGUGCCCGGAAAGGCUAGGGGUUGAAUGGGAGUAGCUUUUUCCUCUGUCCCCUCUUUGCCGUUUCCGGAGCGCACGCGGAAGGCUGUACGCCGCCACGGAAGCUUGGAGGUUGAAGGGCGGGGUAUUCGGUCAGGGACCCUCGCUCCUCUCUUGAACGUGCUUUCAUACCGGGUCCUCCCCUCCUCGGGUUCAAGGUCACCAUUUCCCUCGGAGCGUGCCGAGUGGCCUCAUUCUGCGCGGUGCGGAGAGGGCAGCGCGCUGUGUGGCAAGCUUCAGGGUGCCCGGGGCACACUGGCGUGCACAAGCAGGAACAUGCCAGAAUCCUGUGCUUUUCGUGGUGGCCACAGUCCCUACUGGAGCCUGGGGUCUUUCGUGGAAACUGUCCUGAGGUGUGGACUCCCCCUCCCCCGCUGCCAGGGCUUUGCAGUCUUGCGCUAGCCAGUGCCUGCACUGACUUGGGGCCUGGAGGGGGUGCCUGGUGAGGGAGGCGCCACGUGACAGGCACUCCGGGACGCAGCCGCUUCUAAUGGACUCUCGGGGGCCAUUUGCAAUAACAGCUGCAAUUCCCUGGAGAGUCAGAGUUGGUUCCUCCCUCUCUCCCUCCCCCAGCGUGCCAGCCUUUGCCUUUGUAAGGGAAGGAAACCAAGUAGAAAAUGCAACCCUCCAAAUGGAGACGCUGCAGGCUCUGCUGUUGUGGCCGUGGAGGAGGGUUGGGGACCCACCACCCCUCACGGAGCGUGCCCAGACCGCUGUUGGAGUUUUACAGAGAGUCAAUGGCUCGUUCAGCGUCUGGAUGUGGCUAUGAACGGUUGGAAUCUACACUUCGCAGCGGAGUGUCUGGAAUUGUGGCUGUCCUGAUUCUAGGAUCUUAACUUGAAAUACCCGCUUUGAAUAAAUGUGUUGGGUUGUUAUUAUUAUUUUUGGUGGGGAGGGGUGGAGAGGCUGUUUGAAUUUCUAUUAUAUUUGCCAUCGGUGGAGAAGAUGUACAAAACACAUUUCUCUGAUCUCCAUAAACAUGAAAACACUUGA